UGGAUAAGAUGACUACAUAAAAUUUCUUCCGCUCGAAAGCCAGCUUUCUAUCAAGAAUCAAAGAAAGUAAGCCCAUGAGUUAAACCGCCACAAGAAAGAUAUUGUCACUCAGCAAUUUCGUCCUGGCAACUAUCCCACUGGAUAGGAAUCCACAUUGUAGCAUUACCACCAAUAAUUUCAGACCAUACCACUACUCCGGAGUAAAGCAUCUACGCUCAAGUGAUACGUUCUGGAUCCCAGCAACGCAUUAUCGCUGAUUUUAUUCCACUGAAAAGUGAACUACGCUAAGACAGUGACACACUCAACACAUUUAAAGGCACCCUUCGUUUUCAGAUCCGAGAAGCAAAACUUCAACAGAACGAAACCCAAGAAGAGAUAAAGAAGCAGACCAGUGCGACAGUAAUUUAAAUUACACUUCACAAGACGGAAUGGACGUUCAUUCCCAAGUAGACUCGGCUGUAAUCAUAACCACCUUCGUUAUCCUGUCCACAAUUGGACUAUUUAUAAUUGUUAUCAACGGGUUCGUCGUUUAUCUUGUGUGUACCAGACAAUAUCUGAAGACGGUGACCAACUUCUGCCUGGCAAGCCUAGCGAUAUCCGAUAUUUUAACGGGUUUGUAUGCAAUACCUCUUAUUAUCGCCUGUAGCAUUCAUUACAACUUUUAUAUCUGUGUGGCUAUGGACUUGGGGCAAAGAUUCCUCUCGAUAUCAACCGUGCUUCACCUACUCUUAAUAACCUUGGAGAGAUAUUUUACAAUAGUUUUCUCAGUCAUGAGAACUACGUCAGUAAUGUCCAGGAAAACCUGCGUAGUAACUCUAUUGGUGGUCUGGUUAACCUCGCUCUGCGCCUCACUCUCACAGAUCUCAUUCAUACCUGAUCCAAAGCAAGCACCUGGUCAGAGCCAACUCGCGAUCGCCUACGAUUUCGUUUGCCUGGCAGUUCUAGCCGUUAUUCCUCUUGUCAUUAUGGGAGUGGCAUACUUCCACAUAUUCUACACCCAACGGAAACACUGCGAGCGAAUAAAACGCGACGUGUCUCCUAUUUCUUCGCAGUGCACGCAACGCAAUGCCAAAAAGGAACGGAAAGCACUGGUUAUCUACAGCGCGAUGAUUUGCGUUUUCAUCAUAGGAUGGUUCAACUACUUUUUCAAUUCGUUGCAAGACGAUUUAGGCAAUAAGACAGGGAUCCCAUUAUGGGCUGAUGUAAUUUUAUUGAUUUUGAGGUUUAGCACUGGUCUCCUAAACCCACUGCUGUAUACCUUUCUCAAGCAGGAUUUUCGGCGGGCCAGAAAAUCUAUUUGUGCUUCAAGAAAACGAACUUGGUCGUAUCGUCGAUCCACAUUCACAUCUUCGCUUUCCAACAGAAGGACGGGCCUUUCUACUAACUCAUUUGCUGAGUCUCAACAAAUGGCCUCUUCUCUUUAAAACGUGCGGAUUAAUGAAACAUACUCUUGCGAAUCAGCCGUUUCCUUUUACUCCCUACAUAGUCUGCAACGGAGUGGGACUAAACGUAGUGAUUUUUCAAGAUACGCGAUGAAGGAGAACAAUUUAGGGGAUAAGCCUCUGACAUGAAGAAGUGUGCUCCAAAUUGACAUGACCCAGCCUAAGCCAAGCUCCAAGACACGUGAAAGGGAGAGAAAAGGCGGACGCGCGAAAAAUGGGGGAGGGGGGGGGAAGCAAGUACAUCGUUCAUUCGUUUCCACUUACUGUGAGCCUGGAACAGGCCAAAGCCGUUCCUAAAUUUUUUUGGAUAGCAUGGGGGCAGCUGUACACAGCUUAAGGGUGACACAGAUGCAGAUUAGAGAUUCAGCAUCUUUUGUGGGCAUUUUCGCAACAAAAAAAAAAAAAUUGCAAGCGCGCUUGCAUUUUAGCAAUGGCAAGCACUAGGGUUAGUUUAUGAAAGUGUUUACAAUACAGAUGUUACAGACCAGGCAGACAGAACAUUCUUGCAAUUAUUCUAAAAUUUGAACCACAAAUAUGUAGAGUUAAUUUACCUAAUGAAUCCAGAAAAAAUCAUUUCUUGUACAUAAUAUAAUUUUUGUUAAGUCAUCAGACAUGUAUUUUGAUGUCACCAUAUCUUACGGUGAUCCUGCUGCUGUAAAACUGAAAUUAAAUUAUUUAAAUUAAUCUAAAUCUUUCAUCAAUUGUAAACAAAUUAUUGUUUGUAUCUUCAACACUCCAUUUGCAAAGUGAAUUUAUGGGAAUAAAAUUUUGAUUCUGCAAAAUUAAGCAAAGGAGGCUAUGACUAGUGUAGCCAUAGAAGGUACUG